AUGAUGAUGAUGAAGAAGAAGGAGAUGAAGAAGAAGAAAAAGAAGAAGGAGACGGAGAAGAAAAAGAUGAAGAAGAAGAAAGAAGAAGAAGAAGGAGAUGAAGAAGAAGAAAAAGAAGGAGAAGGAGACGGAGAAGAAAAAGAUGAAGAAGAAGAAAGAAGAAGAAGAAGAAGGAAGAAGAAGAAGAAAGAAGAAGGGGAAGAAGAAAGAAAAACGCAAGGUUUCCUCUAG